AUGAAUUACUUCUGGUUCUUAGCUUUUGGCAAAUUGGGAAAACACAAAGGCAUGCUUGCUACCCGCUCCGCAAAGGAGGCAUUGACUAGUAUAGAACCACAGAAUCCCGGCACAGCGUGUCCUGGAAGUCUUGUGUCCGUGUUUUUGGGUUCAAGGAAGAACUACUCGACAGCCGUAAAUGAGUUAGGCUUCGUCGGUGCUCACAACACCUUAUUCUAUCUUUUGCGGCAUUUACUUUUCGAAAUCGCAGUUAAUAAUAGUGUUGCUGAAAAAAUCACCCCACUCGUACUCUCAGCUCAGUCGAAGCUAGGGGCUUCUCAUAUUGUCGUUGGUAGCUCAACAUUUGGACGUGACUUCCUGCCGCGCGUGGCCGCCAAACUUAACACAUCCCCCAUCAAUGAUGUUAUCGCCAUUCUCAGUGAAGACACAUUCCAAAGACCUAUAUAUGCCGGGAACGCCGUGGUCACCUUGAAAUCUUUGGAUCCGAUUCGUUGUUUGACUGUUCGUGGAACGGCUUUCCCCCCGACCACUCUAUCCGAUGGAGCAACCGCCCCCAUAGAAUCCUUCCCCUUACCUGGUGCGGAUGCACUCGGAUCGGAGGCGUCGGAUUUGGUCGAAUUCGUCAGCGUAGAGAAGCAUAAAAGUGACCGACCAGAACUGACCGACGCCAGUGUGGUUGUUUCCGGUGGCCGGGGAAUGAAAAGUGGUGAAAACUUCGAGUUGCUGUACCAGCUUGCGGAUAAGUUGAACGCAGCUGUUGGCGCCUCUCGAGCUGCGGUCGAUGCUGGAUUCGUUCCGAACGACAUGCAGGUCGGGCAGACUGGUAAGAUUGUCGCACCCAAGUUGUACAUUGCUGUGGGAAUCAGUGGGGCAAUACAACAUUUAGCUGGAAUGAAGGAUAGCAAGGUCAUUGUCGCCAUUAACAAGGAUCCGGAUGCGCCAAUCUUUCAGCCCUCUUACUGUUUGCUUGUUCCAGCCACCAACCACAAAUUUCGAUCCGCCUCUGUUGCCCAACUGAUGACGCAUGUGACAUUCCAGAAGGUUUUUCAUAGCUUAAAGUCCGUACUCAAUGGCACCACGAACUGGACCAGUUUGAUACCGAACGAGUGGAUUGAUCAGGCACUGAAUACCCCAGGCUCAGCUUACGUGAUUGCUUUUGUCUACUGGCUACGGCACCCUGUUCUUCUGUGUUUUCUUCUACCCACUCUUCUGAUUAUAUUCCUUUAUUGUACUGUUCUUGUCAUUCACUUAUGCCGGCUACGUUACUGGCUCGUGCGUCAGUACAACCGAUGGUGGCCGUCUCCGGUUCAUACGGAUCGUCGACUCAGUUACGUAUCCCUCUGUCGGGCUGAUUUAGCCUCUUUGGCUCAGUUGGCAAAACGUGUGAUUGCUGCGAUUUGGGAUGCACAUGGUCGUAUAUUUCAUGCAUACGAAGUCGUCGGAAUGGAUCGGUUACCAGCCACUGGACCUGCUUUUGUGGUGUACUACCACGGGACGUGUCCUUUCGAUGCGUACUAUCUACUCUCGCGAUACUGCAUUGAACAUGAUCGCUUUCCCAUAGCUGUGGUUGAUCGUUUCUUGUUUCGUCUCCCGGGGAUGAAAUACGUUCUAGACUUGGUUGGUGCAAUCGAAGGUACCGUGGAACAGUGUGCUGCGUAUUUAAACCCAUCAAUGCGAGAUGAACGAACUGCUAUGCGAUUGAACGAUGACAAUCCCAAUGGAUGCGUUCUGCUUCUGGCUCCAGGUGGUGUCCGUGAGGCACUUUUUGCCGAUGAGUUCUAUUGCACAAUAUGGGGCAAGCGAUAUGGGUUUGCGAAAGUCGCCAUUCUAGCUAAGCAGACUUCUGUGUUCACCAGGCUUAACACUCAGGAAGCACGAACAUAUAUAGGUGAGCCUAUCUAUCCAUUGGAAGGCGAGACACCGGAAGAGUUAGCAGAGCGGGCAACAUUGCAAUCUUCCCGGUACGCUUUAACCAAUGAGAAUCUUGCAAAACCAAUGCGCAAUAUUUAUUGA